AUGACGACCAUGGCUAGGCAAAGAGGCGUACUCGUUGUGCUACUUCCAUUGUUAUUCUGGACAGUGCAAUGCCAGGUGAAAAGGUCUUACAAUUUCACAAUUACAAACAGAUGGGUUUCUGGGGAUGGGCAUGGCAGACCUGCAUUUGCCAUCAAUGGCCAAACUCCCGGUCCCCUGAUUGAAGCGGAUGAGGGAGACGAGAUAGAGGUCUUUGUCGACAAUCAACUUACUUUCGAGACAACGAUGCACUGGCAUGGAGUCUACCAAGUUGACAGACCUUGGAAUGACGGCGUUCCAGGUGUGACACAGUACUCGAUUCAGCCCAAGGACAAUUACACAUAUCGCUUUACCGUCCAGCAGCAGUAUGGAACGUACUUCUACCAUGGGCAUUUCGGUCCAGCAUUCGCGGAUGGAAUGCGUGGUCCAAUCUGGAUCCGUCCAGCAGCAUGGCGGCCACGUCCUUACGAGCUCAUCUCGUCCUCAAAGCACGACAUUGAGGCCAUCAGAGAGGCAGAAAAGAAUCCUCAUCACGUCGUGAUCAGCGAUUGGAACCCUGAGCCGAUGGACAUCCUCCUCAUCAUGUACAGAGACACUGGCAUCGUGCCAUGGUGUAGCAAUUCCGUCGUCCUCAACGGCAAGAGCAGGACCUUCUGUCACCCUCCAGAACUCAUUGAGUCGGUUGGUGGGCCAGGUAGGAACUCGCUUGGCUGCCUCAUGCAGCCUAAUCAGGAUUUGUACGCCAACGAGCAAGUCUGUGAAGAGACCUUCACGCCACUCGAGGUGUUCCAAGCAGCGGACGGCCAGGAAUGGAUCUGGAUCAAUUUCAUUCAUUCUGGUGCGCACCACGAGUUGCAAAUCAGCGUUGAUGAGCACGAGUUCUAUGUCGUUGCUGCCGACGGGGAGUUUGUCCACCCACAGAAGGUUCAUGCAGCCAACUGUAACCUUGGCGAGCGGGUCAGCAUUCUGAUACACCUGAAUCAGAAAGAAGGCGACUAUGCCAUUCGGGUUACAUCACUCCGCACGGAACAGAUCAUCCAAGGAAUUGGGAUCUUGAGAUACGCCAAGGGCCACUCAAGAUCAGAUUCAACUACAUCCGGUCCUGACGCUAUCCCAAAGACCAGACCAUGGGUUCAUCUCAACGGCAGUCUCAUUGACGACUCCCUGGUUGCUAUGGAUGAGACUAAGCUCACCCCCUACCCCGCGCGGCCCCCUCCAGCCACAUCGGACAGCACUCUCAAGUUCUUUGUGAACAUGACUGGCACAGGCUCUUGGGUACUCAACAUCGGUCCCCAUCAGGCCUUCCGCCAACAACUCCCUCCUCUGCUGUGGGACGAUGACUCUCGCGGGGAGACUACAUAUAGCGAGGGCUCUUUGCGCAAUGGCUCUGUUGUUGACAUCAUCUUCGAGAACGGGGCCAACGUCACCACACAGCACCCAUUCCACAAGCACAACAACAAAGCCUUUAUUAUCGGCACUGGUACAGGUGGAUUCCCCUGGGAGAGCGUUGACGAAGCUAUCCGCCAUGGUGGUCAGGCAGCAAACUUCAAUCUCGUUGACCCGCCUCUCCGCGAUGGGUGUCGGUUGGGCAACCAGACGGGCGACUGGACGGUGAUCCGUUACGACAUCGCCUUUCCAGCAGCGAGCAUGUUGCAUUGCCACAUGAUUCAUCAUUUCGGAGCUGGGCAGCAGGUCGUACUCUUGGAGGGUGUCGAAUCCAUGGCCAAGAUCCCUGCGGAGGUUAAAGAUAGGAUCCACGCGGAGUUCAUGCCCCCUUUGAGCUAUGGGCCCUUAGACUGA